UUUGAUAAAAACCGAAAUUAAUUAUUGACGAGGAUGUUGCCGCGAAUGUUGCCUUUGCGUUUGCCCGUUGAAAAUUUAAAAGGCGUUCGACUGAAAGCAUCGCACACCGUCACACCCGCACUCCACACUCCACACUCCGCACUUCCGUUUCCGCUCAAAAGCACAGAAUGUGUUUACUUUGAACUAGCGAAACUGUCAACGACAACCGCAAACUAUCGGCGGUAAGAAGGACCCGCAUCGUGGAAGCCCUAACCAAGCCAGUUGUGAGCAAACAAAUUAGUGUUUAAUUAUACAUAGACAGCCGUGCGGGCCAGGGCAACCAGCAAGCAAUUCAUUAAACGAGAAAAAAUGCAUCAAAGCGGCGUAAAAUGAGUGGGAAAUCCAACGGCACCGACAGCCACGACAAAGACCAACAAAAACACAAACACAAACAGAAGCAGCAGCAGCAGCACAAACACAAAGCCAGGCAGAAAAAGGGACAAAAAACGGGUCAGAUACUAACCGCAUUAGAGGAUGCAGAAGCGUCCGAAAGCGGAUGUGAAGCGCGUGACGGGGCCGCCCAAGCCGCCGCGUCUGAAGGCCGCGAAAAAGCAGUUGCAGUUCGAGAGUCCGCUGCCAGGACGAAGGACACGCGCCAAGCAGCCGGACGACCAGUUGCAGAAACAACAUCCCCAGCAAAAGCUAGCAGACAAAGUCAUUGCUAUGCCGGCCAGCAGCCAGGAUGCGGGCACGGAUGCGGCAGCGGCACCGGUAGCGGAAGCAGCAGUGGACGUGCCAGAAACAGAGCCAGUUCCAUGGCCAGAUCUACACCCACACCCACGUCAUCGCCCAUCGCCACGAGCAGAUCCCGGUCAGCUCACAGUGUCACAUUUACAGUCCUCCGCCGCAAAAAAGCGUCUCGCCGAAGGCUGCACCAGUCUUAUGUAUGCCUGUCAGCGGGGCGACAUUGUCCAAGUGCUCGCCCAAAUGCGCGAAAAGCCCCAAUUGCUGCGGCAGCGGGACCGGAGCCAUCGCAACGCGCUGCACUAUUGUGCCGCGCAGGACGUGGAGCAGAGCAAGGACCUCGUGGCGGCCGCCAGCAUCGCGAUCGCAGCCCCCGAGCUGCUGGAGUCGGCGGACGAGGAUGGCUUCACCCCGCUCCACCUGGCCGUCAUCCAGGGCAACUUGGCCAUGGUCAACCUGCUGCUGGCCAACAAGGCGGACGUGAAUGCGGUGGACAACGAGGGUCACUCGGUGGUGCACUGGGCCACUGUAUGCGGUGAAGUGGAGUCCUUGCGAGCGGUCCUGGCCGCAGGAGCCAGUGUGGCCAAGCCGGACGCCAACGCAGGCACUCCGCUGCACUAUGCCGCCCAGAUGUGCGGCGCCAGUCACGACAGCAAGCAGCAGGCCAGUUCCAGCCACAGUUCGCGGCUCUCCUUGGAGAUCCUGGGCAUCCUGCUGUCCCAUCCCCAGAGCAGUGUCGAUGUGCAGGACAAGGACGGGCGGCAGCCGCUGCUGUGGGCCGCCUCUGCGGGAUCGGCCAAGGCAGUGAUGGCCCUGGUCAAGGCGGGUGCCAGGGUGGAGUCGUCAGAUAAAGAUGGCCUUACUGCCUUGCAUUGUGCUGGUUCCAGAGGGCACACCGAGUGCAUUGACACCCUAAUAGGCCUUUGUGGUGCCCCCACGGACCUAAUCGACUCCAAUGGCUGCACUGCUCUGCAUUACGCCGUGACCUUGGGCCAUGCCGAUGCCACAGCCAGAUUGCUAGACCUGGAGGCAGAUCCCAAUCGCCAGGAUCGCAAGGGACGCACUCCCGCCCACUGCGGUUGCUCUAAGGGUCAGUUCGAGACCUUAAAGCUGCUCAAGGAGCGCGGAGCGAAUCUCUGGCUGCGCAAUGCCAAGGGUGAUCUGCCGCUCCACGAGGCCGCAGCAUCUGGGCGAAGGGAGCUCCUCGAGUGGCUGCUCAAUCAGAGGCCCAAGCAGGUGAACACCACCAGCAACGAUGGACGCAGUCUGCUGCACUUGGCGGCGGCCAAUGAUUACACGGACAUGUGCAAGCUGCUGCUGGACUAUGGCGCUGAUGUGAACGCCGUGUAUCGGAACUCGAGGGGCCUGGUCCUGACCCCACUGGAUGGAGCUCUGCAGCGUGGCCACCGCUCGACGGCGAAGUUUCUCCAGGCCAACGGUGGUCAGCCGGCCAACAAGGUGCGAUUGUCGAGCAGACGCUCGGGCAAUCCCUUUCACGAAGCCAAUGCCGCCGAUUUGGUGAGACCCCUGAAGUAUGUGGAGAAGGAGGAAGUGCACGAUUUGCGCAGCUCCAAGAAGUAUGUGGUGUACCUAAAGCGCUCCGAUUCGGAUAAUGGAAAUGGGAAUGGCAAGGAGGAGGAUCCCGAUUGCAGCUGCUCGGAGCAGACUUAUCGCAAGGAGCAGCGCAUGAAGCACGUCUGUCGGCGCCACAAAAGGAGGCAACUUCGCAGACGCACAAGCAGUUGUGGUGAGUCCAAGCACGAGCGCUGCGGCGAGAUUUGCCGCUCCAAGAGCAACAUCGAGAUCAGGCGGCGCAAGUCCCGUGAGCGGUACGCCAGUUCCAGCGAGUGGGAGGAGGAGGCAGAGGCGGAGGACGAGGAGGACUCCUGCGAGAAUUGCUGCUACCACAAGCGGCAGAAGGAUCGGGUGGUUUCCCGCAAACGUUCCACCUCCUCCAGGAAGUCAAAAAACCGAGAGGACAGCGAGGUGGAAGAGGGUAAUCACACGGCCCACUCUUCGCCGGAGAAGAAUUCGCGAAAGCGGCUGACAGUAAAUGGGGAGCAAAAAGCUGGUCCUGCCCAGGAGCUAUCCACUGCUAGGGAGCGACCUUCAUCCGCCAGCAGGCACAAGGAGGGCACCUUCAUCAAGUCACCCAACCAAAGCGAGAAGUCCGGCCAAAUGGACAACCUGCUGGUGGAAGAGUCCCAUGCCGUAGAGCUAACCGAUGAGGAACAGGAGGCGGCCAAGUCGGUGGUGACUCAGGUGGAUGUCCAUCACGAUGCCGAGGAGCAGCAGACAACCAGAUCUUCGGAGGAGGUGUCACUUGCUAAUAAAAAUGAAAACAACAAAGGGGAAAAGCAGUCAGACCAGGAGGCCAAACUGCAGCUGAGCGAGGAGGAAACCCAGUUGGUGUCCAAGGAGGUGGAGCAGGUGAUCAAGAUAGCAGCCACUGCGUUGAGCAGCGAGUCCAAGAGUUCCAGUGAGGAAAGGCCAAAGGAUAGUGAGCCUGAGCCUGUGGAGAAACCCCAAGAGGCGGUGAAGGAGCCCCCUGCCACGCCCCCACCCGCGCCUAAAAAGGAGGUCGCAAAGCCACCGAUUGCCGCAGAAAAACCACAGCCGAAUGGCAACACGGCCGAAGGGAUUGAAGACACCGUAACUGUAGGCAAACAAGAAGAGCAUGCUGAAGUCAUGCCGAAAUCCAAUACCAAUUCCGCUGCCGCUGCCACUCCCACUCCCACACCCACUACCCCACCCACCGCCCCUCCAGCCGCAGAGCCAAAAAAACCGACAACCGCAGCCCCACAGCAGCCAAGCCCUCCCUCAACCCAAACGCCCCGGGCCACGCCCACGCCCACUCCCCAGCCAGAGCCACCGCAAAGGGAGCAGGAGACGAGGCGCUCAUUCACACUCCUGCCCUCCGAUUCGGCGGACGAUGACCCAGCUCCGCACCCGAGUCCGCACCCGAAUCCGAAUCCAAGUACAGAUGCCCCAGCCUCAGCUUCCGAUGAGCCAGCCACUGAGCGGAAAUCGAGCUUCCAAGUGCUGAAAAGCGAUGACUCCCUGGAUGAGACCUCAAAGAGACCAGGACGCAAGGUGGACUACGAGGUCGGUAAUCAAGUCUUUCAGGUGGUGGGCGAAGGAGGUGGUCCGGCGGUCCAGUUGCCCAGCGCCUCGGAGCUGGAGAGGAUGGAUGGCUAUGAGUACGAGGAGUACGAUGACGAAUACGAUGAUGAGGACAGGAAUGGCAUCGAUCCGGAGCAUGAUAGUGCCCUGCGUCGUUUUCUCAGCAGCGGAAAUCGACAUGGAGUGGGUAGUUCUGCAGCGGGAGCAGGAGCAGGAGCAGGAGCAGGAGCAGGAGCAGCAGGAUCCAUUGCAGAUGACGCAUCCGAGGGCAUGGGCAAUGGCCGGAAGCGACGCCUCAAGAAGCGCGUGCGCAGCGGCAACAAAACACGCAGCAAUUGGAAAAACAGCCAGGAGUCGCGCGAUGGCGGCAACAUGUCGGCCCUGGCCACCACCAAGGAUCAGGACUCGGGCUUUGAGCCCAGUCCGCGGGCGGAGCGCAGCAAGAUACCCACCCUGCGGUCCGCCCACACCGCCCACAUGCCGCGGCGGCCCAUCUACGCCACCCUGGACGGGCGCUCCUGCAGCAGCCGGAUGGAGAACCGCAAGCCCGGCGACAAGGGAGCCUGCGACAUGGGCGCCGUCACCCGAUCCAUACAGCGCAACAUCCGGAGAUAUUACAUGGAGCGCAAGAUCUUCCAGCAUCUGCUGGAGCUCAAGUCACUGCAGAUUCGUUCCAGCAAGUUGAACGAGGCGGUGCUGGUGAAGCGGGCCGUCGACGACUACCACAAGUCCUGUGUCCUUUUGGGCGGCGAAACGGGCACGCGGCUGAGGCGCUACAACUUCAGCGAGUACACGUUCAAGAACUUCGAGCUCUUCCUCUACGAAACGCUGAAGGGACUGCAACGGCCGGGCACCAACAACUUCCAGAACAUCAACGAGGUGUACGAGGAGGCGGAGCGGCGACUGAGCCCGGACUACAAUGCCUACGAGAAGGCGCUGCAGUGCACCACCAAGACGCACCGCUGCCUUCAUGCUGCCCACGCCUACACGGGAAUCCCCUGCGCCGCUUACAUUCCCAUGAUGAAUCACCACACGAUGCCGAAGUUCGGCUUUGGCGCGUACAAGAAAACCGGCAGUGUCAGCAGCUUCUUCCUGCCCAAGAUCCUGACCAGCGGUCGCGUCUCCAGCGGACGGGCGGGCGGUACGGGCGGCACGGGCGGCAGUGCGAGCGGUAACCGCUGCAACCACAAGGUGGCACUGGAGUUGUCGCACGGCAAGAACAAACAGCUAAUUUCACUGCCCGCGGAAAAGUUGGACAGCAAUAAACGAUAUUACGUGACGUUCACAGUAAAGGACUCGUCGGGGCCAUCGGCGUACCAGCAGAAGUGCGGCAAUGCCGCUGGCGAUACGGGCUGCAAGUAGUGCGCGGCGUAUACGUAACGUGGCAUACAGUGCGUAUACGGAAUGGCCAUUGCCAUCGGGCCAUCGGGCCAUCGUCACGGGAUCCUGACACGGCCGCCGACCUGCGCCCGCAUCCUCGCUCUGCCUUUUGCUGUUUGUGCUGCUCCUGCUGCUGCUCCAAAUGCAUUAAAACAAUGCCAUCGCAACAUUUACUCUCGCUGCUGCUGUUUUUGCAAUUGUUGUGGCCACCCGUUGUCCGCGUUGCCUUUUUUUUUUCCAUUCGCUUCCUGUCCUGAUGCUGGAGUAAAAUGGCGGUUUUUGCAGGGUGCAUAGCAGACGUAUGCACUUAACCUACGCGGUUGCGAAAUUCAAUUUAUUACUCACAACAAAAUUGCUUCUUUUGUUUCAUUAACUAAAAUUCAAAAACAAAUACUACUGUUUUGUAAUUUUGCAAGAGCUUAAGAUAUAUUUGAUAUCGGAUUUAAAGAUUUUUUUUUUAAAAACUCAUGUGUCACCUUUGUUUUUAUUUGUAAACAUUACUUUUUUUGAAUGCCUUUUUUAGUUAAAUAUUUAUUGGACUUAAAAAAUAUAACCUUAGCUGUCCAUAAAAAACAAGGUGUAGUCACAUUACCUGCAAAAUUUUUCACAAAAUCUCCUUGCUCUAAGAUUAAAACAUUUUGUAUUUAAAAAUAAAUGUAAUAAUUUGAUUUUAAAAUUGCUGCUCUUGAGCAACACAUUAUUUUAAGUUAAAGCCAACUGGUUACAAAUCGAACUUAAGCAUUUGUGUUUUGGUGACUUGCUAGGGUAUUUCAAAGUCGACUUCGUACCCCUGGCUCUGAUGUUGUUUCUGCUGCACUUUAAGAUGGCCAACUGCUGAUAAUGGAUGAUGGCUCUGCUCUGCGGCUGUCAGUUGAAGUUGUCACGCCGGCAGCGAUGCAGGCAGCAGCAGCAGCAGCAAUUGCUAAGGCAACGGCAGCUUAAAUUAUAUGCUCCUCCAACCCCGGGCAGUUGUUCACCGCUCAGUGUUCAGUGUUCAGUUGUUCAGUUGUUCAGCUCCUCACUGUGUUGUUCGCCUGUUUCGUAUUCUUUUUUUCCGUCUAUUUGUUUGUUUGUCCGUUGGCGCUGCCGCUGCGCUUUUAUUUCAGUUUUUCAUUAUCAUUUUUUGUCGCAGUCGCUGGGUUUCGUGGGGUUGGGCUGGCUGCUUGGCAUGCUCCUAAUGCCGCAGAUAAGCGUUGUUAUUAACGCUCGGCUUACCAGGACUAGGGGACAGGCGUGAGGACAUGCCGCCCAUCGUCGCUUUUGUCCAUGGAUAAAAGGAGAAGAAGAAUGGGGAGCAGCAGGAGUAGGAGCAGGAGCAGGAGCAACAGCAGAAGCUAAAGCAGAUUCAGGUUCAGAAUCAGAAUCAGAAUCAGCGAAUGAAUAAAUGUAAAAUAUGUACCGUGCAUUUCUUUGGCAUUUCAACAUUUUUACUUUAUUUGCAAUUUUAUUUACUUGUCUGCUUGUGCGCGCCCCUAUGCCCACCGCUGCCUCUUUUUCCCUUCCAUACCAUCCCAUUCAAGCCGUUGUUUGUUUGUUUGCUUACUUCGCACUGAGUGCAUUGUAAAUGGAGAAUAAUUGCAUUGCAUACAAAAAACGUCGCGAUUUUUAAAUUGUAUAAGCGAGCUGCAGCGGCAGGAGCAAGCAGCAGGAUACACACAGCAUCCGCCGUAAAAUGAUUUCUUUAAAUAUCAAAUUAUAAGAGCCGGAGUGCAUAAUAAAUUCAGCAUUUUAAGAGUUCUCGUUCCGCGUAGACCUAAGGCAGCUGUUGCAAAAUAAACG